AUUGUUGUAAUUUGGUUCGGUUUGGCCCAACAGUUGUAUGGAGCCGCGAUGGGCGGCGGCGCAGGCGUAGCCGGGGUGGCGGGGGGCGCGGGGCAACACGCCCCCAUCCCCACACAGCCGCAGAGGAACUUCAGGAAAGUGGGCGUGGGAUCAGGCGUGCAGGUGGCGGCGGCGACGGGGCAGCCGCUGCUGGCGCCGGCGCCCAUGCAGCCCUUCAUGCCGUACUCGCACCCGCACUCGGCGCCGCACCCGCAGCCGCUGCAGUACCAGCACAUGUUCCCCCACCAGGUGCGGAUGUACCACGGCGGUGGCGUAGGCGUGGGCGGUUCCGGCGUGGGCGGCGGCGAAGUGGGCGUGGCCGGCGUGGGCUACGCCCCGCCCCCGGCGCCGUCGCCGGCCGCGGCCGCGUCGCCGGCGCUGUACCCGCCGCCGUCGCCGGCGCACACGCCGCAUCCGCAGCACGCGCACCAUCCGCACCACGCGCCGCACCAUCCGCACCAUCAUUACCAGCAGCCGCCUUUCCAGUCCAUGUAUCAGGUGCUGUGUCCGCUGAUGGGCCCGGGCGCUGCCGGCUCGCACCACCACCACCACCACCACGUGGCCUACCUCAACCACGCGCCGCCCACCGCCAGCCCGCCGCACCACCCGCACCCGCUGCAGGUACUGUGACCCGUGUAGCGCCGGGAUAAGGUCCAGGCUCCACCACCACCACCACCACGUGGCCUACCUCAACCACGCGCCGCCCACCGCCAGCCCGCCGCACCACCCGCACCCGCUGCAGCAGGUCCUCCUCCCGCCAGGCCACGGCUCGUCCGGGGGGUCGACGACGCCCGGCGUGCACGGCCACCCGUAACGCGGCCCGCCGCCCCGCGCGCUGCCACAGCCGCGGGCCCACACGCGACCGCCGUGCUAAGCCGCCGCUGCCUAGGUUAGUUAGGUUAUGGGACCCACUCGUUCGGUAGAUAGCCACUGGGUGCGCAAUUGAGAUAUCUAUAUAAUAUAUAAUUUAGUAGCCACUGAUAAUGGUGGAUAACUUAAGUAUCCACUUGAUGCGCAAUUGAGAUAUCCACUAGAUGCGCUGUUGUGUAAUUUUAGUAGCCACAGAAAAAUUUUGAUAUCCAUUUGAUGCGCAAAUAAGAUAUCCACUGGGUGUGCUGUUGUGUCAUUUUUAUCCACUGAGUGUGCUCUUGUGUAAAAAAGUAGCCACAGAAAAAUUUAGGUAUCCACUGGGUGUGCUCUCGUGUAAAUUAGUAGCCACAGUAAAAAAAAAUGAUAUCCACUUGAUGCG